AUGAAGAUACGGGAGCUGGAUGACGGUUCGGAGGAGCUCGAGGGGUGGGAGGCCGUCGAAGCGGAGCCGCGGUCGGGGGAGGCCGACGAGAGCUGGGAGAAGGUGGAGGGGGCGGGGCGUGGCCGCAGCGGCAGCGGCGAGGCGGAUCCCUGGGCGCGGGAGGAGGGAGGGGUCAGCCGCGUCGACGGCGGCGAGGUGGAGCCCUGCGGUUGGGAGUGGGUGUGGGAGGAGGUGGGGGGCAGCUGCGCCAGCGGCGAGCAGGACGGGGUGAUAGGCGUCAGCGGCGAGCCGGGCGGGGUGAGGGGCGCCGAUGAGAUGCCCCUGGCGCUCCCCUCCGAGCGGGAGGAGGAGAGGGGCGUCGGCGGCGAGGUGGUCGCGGUCCCUGACGGGCACCAUGAGGCGGGUGGCGAGGUCGUCAAGCGUGCGUUCGUGGAGGUAUUCGCCAGGGCGCUCUUCUAUCCGACGGUGAUGCUCAACUACGGCCGCAGUUUAAUCGAGACCGAGUUUAAUUGGUGGGAUCGCAUCGACAAGGAUAUUUGGAUAGGGGCAGUUCCUUUUCCCAGUCAUGUGCCACGGUUGAAGGAACUAGGAAUAACUGGGGUCGUCACAUUGACCGAGCCGUUCGAAACUCUGGUUCCAAAAUGUGCAUAUGAGCUUCAUGGAAUGGAUCACCUCGAGAUUCCCACUACAGAUUACGUCUAUGCUCCUUCAAAAGAAAAAAUCGACAAAGCAUUGGAUUUCAUCCACAAAAAUGCAACAGAAGGUGGUAGUACUUUGGUCCACUGCAAGGCAGGAAGGGCACGAAGCGCUACCAUAGUUCUAUGCUAUUUGAUUAAGUACAAGAAGAUGACUCCCGAAGCAGCUUUGGCUCGUGCGAAGUCCGUAAGAACUCGAGUGAAAUUGGCAGCAGCUCAAUGGCAGGCUGUCAAGGAGUUUAACUCAAGUCUGGUGGAUGUUGGUGAGGAUGUUAGUCAGGAUGUUGAUGACGAUGGCAUCGACACGCUGCAGGGCGCUUGA